CCAACAGGAUUGCACACAUUUCCUACAUUAGUGAUAAAGUUCGCAGCUGCUGGAGACCACACCAAAUUUCUAAUCAUGUAAUCAUCGAGUCAGAGUCGGUGAUGAAACAUCUGUUGAUGUUGAUUAUCAGGGCGGUUGACUAUGAGUUGUCACCUGUUUUUGCUCUUUGGCCACAAUGACCAAGCCCUUCAUCAGAAGCCUCUCACACCUCUCACACCAUGGUCAUUGUAAACACACCCUUCUAAUCAUUGCUUGUUAGUUCUUUAGAGGAAAGCUGAUCCUGAAUAGGAAGGAAGGGGAGAUGAAAAGGCCUGAAUACACUAAUCCUGGCAAAUUAUAGUCUCCAUUUCAAACGUCACACUCUCACGGGGCCCUAUUGUGUAAACGAUAUAAUUGAAUUUUUCAUUGCCUGCUCUCAGUGAUUCGGUCCGUCGUACUUUCCCUUCGAAAAUUAUGCCCCUACUUCAUUAACCGUUUACCAGGGGCAGACAGUGUGGCAAACUUAACCUUGAUAGACUUUGCGUCCUGCAGCUGUUAAUAAGUAAGAGUUCUUAUGACAAUGUGCCUGUGCUGUGUUGUUUCUUUUGAGUUUCGUUUAAGAGAACAGUAAGUAUUUGUAUUUAGUGCCAUUCAGUCCGUCUCCGAGAAAACACUGCUUGAUUUUUUACUCUCUGACGGAGGCCAAACUCUGAGGUGGAGGAGGCUGUAAAGAGGCCCUAAGGGAGCCUCCCAACCUCCCUACCUGACCAGACAGAAACAUUGGACAGCCAUGGCUCCUCGGAAACGCGGCGGCGGUGGUCGCGGUGGCCUCUCCUUCAUCUUCUGCUGUUUUAACAGCAGCGAUCACCCGGAGAUCACCUACAGGCUGCGGGAGGACUUUGCCCUGCAGGCCAUGGAGCCAGCACUGCCGAUGCCAGGUUAUGAUGAGCUGGAUGGCAUGUUCUCCGAGCUGGUGGAUGAGCUUGACCUCACAGAGAAGCACAGGGAAGCCAUGUUCGCCCUGCCUGCAGAGAAGAAAUGGCAAAUCUACUGCAGCAAAAAGAAGGAACAAGAGGAAAACAAAAGUGCAACUAGUUGGCCAGAAUACUACAUUGAUCAGCUCAAUUCAAUGGCAGCUAGAAAGACGCUCCUCGCUCUGGAGAAAGAAGACGAGGAAGAGAGGAACAAAACCAUAGAGAGCCUGAAGACGGCUCUGAGGACACAGCCCAUGAGGUUCGUGACUCGUUUUAUUGACCUGGAUGGCCUGACGUGCAUCUUAAACUUCCUGAAGAGCAUGGACUAUGAGACCACCGAAUCGCAGAUCCACACAUCUCUGAUUGGCUGCAUCAAAGCUCUGAUGAACAACUCGCAGGGCCGCGCCCACGUCCUCUCUCACUCCGAGAGCAUCAACAUCAUUGCUCAGAGCCUGGCCACGGAGAACAUCAAGACCAAGGUGGCGGUGUUGGAGAUCAUGGGCGCCGUGUGCUUGGUGCCUGGUGGGCACAAAAAAAUCCUGCAGGCCAUGCUGCACUACCAACGCUUCGCCUGCGAGAGGACGCGUUUCCAGACACUAAUAAACGAUCUGGACCGGAGUACAGGGCGAUACAGAGAUGAGGUCAACCUGAAAACAGCCAUCAUGUCCUUUAUAAAUGCUGUGCUGAGUCAAGGCGCUGGAGAGACAAGUUUGGAAUUCCGUAUCCAUCUACGAUAUGAGUUUCUCAUGUUGGGAAUCCAGCCUGUGAUCGAUAAGCUGCGUUCUCAUGAAAACUCCACAUUAGACAGGCAUUUAGACUAUUUUGAGAUGCUGCGCAAUGAGGAUGAGCUGGCUUUGUCAAAACGUUUUGAGUCGGUGCAUAUAGACACCAAAAGUGCCACCCAAGUUUUUGAUCUCAUCCGCAAGAAGAUGAACCACACUGAUGCAUACCCGCACUUUAUGUCUGUCCUGCAUCACUGUCUCCUCAUGCCACAUAAGAGGAGUGGUAACACUGUGCAGUACUGGCUGCUCCUGGAUCGUAUUGUCCAGCAGAUGGUCUUGCAGAAUGACAAAGGUCACGACCCAGACGUCACACCACUGGAGAAUUUUAACGUGAAGAACGUUGUCCGGAUGCUGGUCAAUGAAAAUGAAGUCAAACAGUGGAAAGAGCAGGCAGAGAAAAUGAGAAAAGAGCACCAUGAGUUGCAGCAGAAGUUUGAGAAGAAAGAGCGUGAAUGUGAUGCAAAGACUCAGGAGAAAGAGGACAUGAUGCAGACACUCAACAAGAUGAAAGAAAAGCUGGAAAAGGAGACCACCGAGCACAAGAAUGUCAAACAGCAAGUGGCCGAACUCACUGCCCGACUGCACGAACUCAGCACAAGACAGGCAGCUGUUGUUCCUGGAGGCCCUCCCCUCACCCCAGGUCCCCCCGGUGGCCCCCUGCCUCCUCCACCCAUGCCAGCUUUUGGAGGUAUGUGCCCAGCUCCCCCUCCGCCGCCUCUUCCUGGUGGCAUGAUGCCUCCUCCACCUCCCCCACCCCCUCCUCCGGGUGGACCUCCACCUCCUCCUGGACGCCCACCCAUUGGAGGUGUCCCACCUGCACCAGGAGCACCUUUAGGACCAUCUCUCAAGAAGAAGAACAUUCCUCAGCCAUCGAAUGCGCUCAAAUCCUUCAACUGGGUCAAGUUAGCUGAGAAUAAACUGGAGGGCACCGUGUGGAUGGAGGUGGAUGAUGCCAAGGUUUUCAAAAUCCUGGAGCUGGAUGAUAUUGAAAAGACCUUCUCAGCUUAUCAGCGACAGCAGGACUUCUUUAUGAUCAAUAACAGCAAACAGAAAGAGGCAGAGGACGACACGCUGAGCUCUAAAAAAGUCAAGGAGCUGUCAGUAAUCGAUGGUCGUCGAGCUCAAAACUGCAACAUCCUCCUCUCGCGGCUGAAGCUUUCAAAUGAGGAGAUUAAGAGAGCCAUUCUAACUAUGGAUGAACAGGAGGACCUUCCCAAAGACAUGCUGGAGCAGCUGCUGAAGUUCGUCCCCGAGAAGAGCGACAUCGAUCUUCUGGAGGAACACAAACACGAGCUCGAUCGAAUGGCAAAACCCGACCGCUUCCUCUAUGAGAUGAGCCGAAUAAACCACUACCAGCAGAGGCUGCAGUCUUUAUACUUCAAGAAGAAGUUUGCAGAGAGGAUAGCUGAGAUAAAACCCAAAGUUGAAGCUCUGACCAAGGCUUCUAAGGAGAUUUUACACAGUAGAAACCUGAAGCAGCUGUUGGAGGUGGUGCUGGCCUUUGGAAACUUCAUGAACAAGGGUCAGAGGGGAAAUGCUUACGGCUUCAAGGUGUCUUCACUCAACAAGAUCGCUGAUACCAAAUCCAGUAUCGACAAAAACAUCACUCUCCUGCACUACCUGAUCACCAUCCUGGAGAAGAAAUACCCCAAAGUCCUUAUGUUCCAGGAGGACCUGCAGAGUGUCCCAGAGGCAGCCAAAGUCAACAUGACUGAGUUGGAAAAAGAUAUUGGCAACCUGCGCAGUGGCUUGAAGAGCGUGGAGAACGAGCUGGAAUACCAGAAGAAGCGACCGCAGGAGCUGGGUGACAAAUUUGUGUCAGUGGUGAGUCAGUUCAUCACUGUGGCCAGCUUCAGCUUCUCCGAUGUGGAGGACUCGCUCACCGAGGCCAAGGAACUGUUCCUAAGGGCAGUAAAGCAUUUCGGUGAGGAUGCCAGUAAGAUGCAGCCAGAUGAGUUCUUUGGCAUCUUUGACCAGUUCCUGCAGUCCUUCGCCGAGGCUCAGCAGGAGAACGAGAACAUGCGAAAACGCAAAGAGGAGGAGGAACGCAGGGCAAAAAUGGAAGCUCAGCUGAAAGAGCAGAGAGAAAAGGAGCGAAAGGCCCGGAAAGCAAAGGCAAAUGGCGAGGAUGACGGCGGUGAGUUCGACGACUUGGUGUCAGCGUUGCGAUCAGGCGAAGUCUUCGACAAGGACUUGUCCAAGAUGAAACGCAACCGCAAGCGCAUCAACAGCCAAACCACGGACUCGAGCAGAGAACGACCAGUCACAAAGCUCAACUUCUAAGCGGGGUUGAGGUCAUCAUCUUUAUCCAAACCCCCCCCGUCCCCACCCUCCUCCUCCAGGUCGAACUGACAUGCACAUUCCUCUGCACCCUCCUCCAUUCCCACCCAGCUCGGCUUCAUCACUGCAGGGCCACACACAGCACAACAUGUUUAGACUUUUCAUCCGCUGAGAUUUUGAUGGUAAACGGAGCAGAAGCCAAAAGUCGUUAUUAACUACCAAAUCAGAUAAUUCCCUGCUGGAGGAGGAGGAGGAACUUGUUUUGCAGGAGUGCAGAACGUCCCCACCCCCGCAUUGGAGAAAAGUUUCCUUUCAGUUGUUAAGAGAUGCUCACGGUUGUUCGAUGGGAACCGUUCUGUGCUGUUUUUUGUACGUCAGAAACUAUGCACAGAGUGAAAUGUGCAGCUAGUAGACUCCUUCAGGGCUUGAUGCUCGAUCCAAACAGGAAGAUGAUUCCAUGAAAAACACAAGGGGCCAUUUUGUACAGACCGAUGUCAUGAAUUUAGAGGGGCUGCUUUCGCACACCCGAGUUGUCCAAGAGAUCAUUUUUGGAGAAAGACUGAAUCUGAACUUCCUUUUGGCGCUGCGGUUCUCUUGCAGUCAGAACCAUCACAGGACUGAGAUGCUGCGCUGCUUUGUGGUUUCGACUGCAAGGGGUGCAGCUGAGAGGUAGUUUGAAGUUUGUUUUUAAGUCAUCAUUAUUGACGUGCAGCAUUUAUAUAUCUGACCACUGUAUGUUUUAUUCGAACUUUUUCCUGUUAAGAGCUGGCCUUAACUGUUGAUUUUAAUUGUUAAAUGGGUACUCUCAAAGGCCUGGGCCUAAUUUGCAAUUUCUCAACAAGUGUGGACACUCGUGUCAUAGAGUACAUAUAUCUUUAUAAGGCUGCGUGCUUGUUACACAUGCACAUAUAAAUUCAUAAUUACUAUGCUAAAUGCCAUUACAACCAUAACCAAUAGAUGCAAUACACUCGUUCCUCUCUGAAGGGAGUGCCCUCCUGUAAGUUUUUAUUGAAUAGAUGAGUUAUGUUUUUUGUACACUAGCUGGAUUUACACUUCAACAAAAGAAAAAAGGAAGCAAAACGCUGAUUUCACUUGAUUUUAAAUGCUUUGUUAUCCAUGUGUGAUGUUUUCAUUCUUGCAGAAAAUAUCACACAAUGGUGUGAAAGCUUUGAUUUUAACUGUGUGAAUCCAUCCAGUGUCGAACACCUCCAAUGGACUUUUAUAAUUUAAAUAUUGCCUUCCAUUGUACAAUGACCCAAUGACAAUAAAUGGGAGAAAAGUUA